CAAGAAACUAGUACAACAUUAGUCUCAUCUCCUUUUAACUUUCAAGCCAAAUUUCCCAACAAAAAAAUGGUUUUUUUGAGGUCCGUCUCCCACAUUGUGAAACCAGCUGAACCAACACCAGAAGAAGUCAUGUAUUUAUCAGAUUGCGACCAAAUCAAGCCCUUAACUCAUGCCCCAACCAUCUAUUUCUACAGACCAUCUUUCUACAGCUCCCUCGAAGAAAUUGUCCCGAUUCUGAAAGAUUCCCUCAGCAAAGUCCUGGUGAAAUUUUACCCUCUCGCAGGGCGGUUGCACUGGACCGAUGGCGGCCGUGUCGAGCUCCAUUGUAACUCCAUGGGAGCUCUGCUGAUUGAGGCUGAAUCCAACCUCACCAUCGAUGAUUUUGGGGACUUUCGCCCGUCCCCUGAAAUCCGAUCGCUUAUCCCGUCGGUGGAUUACAAUGUAACUCCUAUCCAUGAGGUCCCGUUGCUUGUCGCACAGGUUACAAAGUUGAAAUGUGGUGGUAUUGGAUUUGGAGCCGGGAUGUCACACAUUGUGGUAGACGGACAAAGCGCGGUUCAUUUCGUGUUUGAGUGGUCGAAAAUCGCCCGCGGUUCUCCAUCCGAUGAUCAUCCGUUUCUAGACCGGAGGGUCUUACAACAGCACGAUGAUUUGCAGCUAACUUUAAAGCCUAACUUGAAAUACACUGAUUUCUUUCCAUUGCCACUUCUUUUAGGGAAGCCUGAUAACCUGGAGGAGCGCAAGAAGGAAACAAAACCAAUGAUGCUGAAACUAAGCAAAGAGCAAGUUGAGUCCCUCAGGAGUAAGGCUACCUUAGACCUUCUCAACAAAGGAGUUGAGGAACUAAGGAAGAUUCCGGCCGGCGGGCGACCACAAGUCAGCCGGUUUGAUGUGGUAUGUGCACAUAUAUGGAAGUGUUUAUCACUGGCCCGAGGACUACAACCCGAACAAGAAACCGUCUUGUUCGUGACGGUGGAUUUUCGCAACCGGAUUAACCCGCCAUUGCCCAAAAGGUACUUUGGAAAUGCGGUUAUGCCUUUACCAGUUUCAUCCACUGUGAAUGAACUUUUAUCCAAUCCUGUAAGCUACACUGCAAGGAAGAUCAGGACCGCGAUCGAGAGCGUUACCGACGAGUACGUGAGAUCGUACCUUCGUUGCAUCAAGAGCAUCCCGAACAUUGCGACUAAGAGACAUUUCCACACGGUUGGUUGCGCGCAGGGGUCAUUUUUUGGGAACCCGAAUUUGAUCAUCACGAGUUGGGUCGGGUUGUUGCCGUUGUACGGAGCUAAGUUUGGUUGGGGAGAUGAAGUUUACUUGGGACCUGGAUCAUUAGGUUAUGAUGGAAGAGUUUUCUUGAUUCCCAGUCAAGAUGGAGAUGGAUCCUUCAUCAUUCCAUUGCGCCUUCAAGUGGAGCAUGCCGAUGCUUUUGAGAAGUAUUUCUAUGAAGAAAUCAAGUCAUUGGAUGACAAAUGAGGAGCCUCACAAUAAUUUCUUUUCCAAUCAUACUAUUAUACAACACAAAGUCAAUUAAGCCUUUUAUCUCACUGUGUGGGCCGAUACUUCAGCACGUUAUUAUGUCAUGCUUAAGAUUUUUUUUUAAUCCAUAUUUGAGUGUAUUUAAUGUUUGAUAAAAAUGUAUCACUUUUUGAGUGUAUUUACUUAUAACUAUUUGUUUGUAUAUGUUCGUCAUUUCUCGAAAAUUACUUUCCAUCUGUAUUUUAUCUAAUUUUUUCCCCAAAAAUUCUUGUGAAAUAAGACUUUAUUAAGAAA